AUGGUGCCUACGCUGUGGAGAUCUGCACCCAAAUCUACCAAGUUUUCAGUGGUUGCUCUUCUGGUCACAUCGCUUUCCAUAUUGCUAAUAAAGAUCUAUGUCAUUCAGCUCUCAGGCAGCCAAUCCAAAUUACUGGAGAUGAUCAUUCCUCAACUUCAGUUGGUGCCUCGCUAUGCCAUCUACUAUCCAUGGGUGUUUGUCACGUCAAUUUUCGCUGAAGUUUCGAUUUUCUCGUUUCUCUUCUCGUUAGCUGUCCUCUACAUUGCCACGUCAUACGUUGAAAAGUUUUGGGGUUUCAAGGAGGUUGUUAAGUUCAUUUUAGUAAUUGGAACCGUCACAAAUUUGUCCACAGUGCUUGUUACUAUCCUUAGCAACAUUGUGCGUGGCGACGUCAAUGGAAUGGACCAGCCUUUAGGAGGAGGAAUCUCGUACUACUUUGGAUUUUUGGUUGUACUCAAGCAGCUCAUUCCCGAGCACAAUGUUAUUCUCUUUCAGGGCCUUGUAAAUUUCCGUGUCAAGCACUUGCCGUUUAUUCUGCUCUUGCUAGUGAGCGGGUGGUCUGCGGUGGCACAAUCGUUGUAUCCGUUUGUUCCGUCGAUGUUCUCGUUCUUUGUCUCGUACAAUUACUUGCGGUUCAUCCAGACCUUCUUCGAAGAUCCAAUUUUGCCUGUCACUAACGCCAAUGGAGACCAGACGAACUCUACGGUGUUCCGAGGUGAUGCAUCGGAUGCGUUCCAGCUUGUGGAGUUCUUCCCUAGUGUCACUAAGCCAUACUUAUCAGUUGUGAUCAACGCCAUUUUCAAUGCAUUCGUAUUCAUUGGUGUUGUGCAGCCGUUCAAUGAUGAGGUGAUUGAGCAGAGUAACCUUCGUGCACAGAAGUUGUCUGAGCAGGCCAGUCAAGCCAACAACCAGAUUGCCAAUUCUGUUGCCGAAAGAAGAAGACAGGUCGCAUUGCAGGUGAUUGAGGAUCGUAUUAACCGGACAUAG